AUGGCCUCCGCCGCCCGGGAGGGCGCGGGCUCGGGGCGCAGGCGCCCGCCGCCGCGUUGGGCACUGCCCGGCCUGUUGCUGCUGUGCCUGUGGCUGCCCGGUGGUCGCGCGGCCGGCUCGCCCCCCGCGCCGCUGUCCGAGCUGCAUGCGCAGCUCUCGGGGGUGGAGCAGCUGCUGGAGGAGUUCCGCCGACAGCUGCAGCAGGAAAGGCCGCAGGAGGAGCUGGAACUCGAGCUGCGCGCGGGCGGCGACCCCCAGGAAGGCUGCCCGGGCCCCGGGGGCGGCGGCUACAGGGCCAGGCCCGACGCCAUCAUCCGCACCAAGGACUCGAUCGCGGCCGGCGCCAGCUUCUUGAGCGCGCCGGCGGCCGUGAGGGACUGGCGGCAGUGCCUGCAGGCUUGCUGCCUCGAGCCACACUGCUCCGUGGCCGUGGUGGAGCUGCCCCGGCGGCCCGCGCCCCCAGCCGCCGCGCUCGGCUGCUACCUCUUCAACUGCACCUGGCGCGGCCGCAGCGUCUGCAAGUUUGCGCUGCACCGAGGUUACAGCAGCUACAGCCUCAGCCGCGCCCCAGAGGGCGAGCAGGAAGGCCUGGAAGCCGGUGCCCCGGCCCUCGCCCGGGCCUCACCUCGCCUGGAAAAGGAUGAGCCUCCACUCAGCAAGGCUGGGCAGGAUGUGGUUUUGCAUCUGCCCACAGAUGGUGUGAUUCUGGACGGCCGAGAAAGCACAGAUGACCAUGCCAUCGUCCAGUAUGAGUGGACACUGCUGCAAGGUGACCCGACAGUGGACAUGAAGGUGCCUCAGUCUGGAACCCUGAAGCUGUCCCACCUGCGGGAAGGAACAUACACCUUUCAGUUGACAGUGAUGGACACUGCCGGACAGAGGAGCUCCGACAACAUCUCAGUGACUGUGCUUCCCGUGGCCUUCUCCACAGGAGGAUGCCCGAGUGUCUGCUCACGCUACCACUUCUUUUGUGAUGAUGGCUGUUGCAUUGACAUCACGUUGGCUUGCGACGGAGUGGAGCAGUGUCCUGACGGGUCUGAUGAAGCUUUCUGUCAAAAUCCGAGCGUUAACCGAAAGAUGGUGACCCACACAACCACGGCACAGCCUAGAGCCACGGGACCAAGCACAGAUGCAGGCCAGAGUGCGUCGCUAGAAAAGUCUGAGGAAGCUACCACCCCCAAACAGCCACCUGAAUUAUCAACCUCAGAGAAGAGUAAUCAUUCCACCUUUUGGGGACCAGAAAGUCGCAUUCAUCUUGAGAUGCCAGAUGGUGGUUCCUCAGGGAAGAACAGAAAAGAGGAAAAUUAUAUUUUUGAGUCAAAGAGCAAUCGAGGAGGAGGGGAACACCCAGCCCCAGAAGCAGGUGCAGUGCUACCUCUGGCCCUGGGUUUGGCUAUCACUGCUUUGCUGCUUCUCAUGGUUGCCUGUCGACUACGACUGGUAAAACAGAAACUUAAAAAAGCUCGUCCCAUUACAUCUGAGGAAUCUGACUACCUCAUAAAUGGGAUGUAUCUAUAAUAAGUGGAAUCUAAAUAGCUGAGGGCCCUUGCUAUGACAUGUUUCACUCAUAAUUUAUACAUAGUUUGGGUUCUGAUAUUUAUUACCUCUUCUGUUUUUAACUAAGCUAAGAAAACUACUGGAAACCCUGGAAGAUUCUGCAAAUAUUCAACCUUUGUUUUUAUUUAUUUAUUUUCCUUGGGAAGUAUGUAACACAUUUUGAAACUGAGGAGUCCAUGUGAUUAAAGACUUUAACUAAAGUCUGAUUUAUGUAAACUAUCCCUAAAAAUAGGAAUUUGUAGUUAGCCAAGGCAGAAAAUUCAGUGUCUCUAGAGGUGCCUGACAAUGGCGGUAUUAACACUUUGCUUCACAGAAGCCAGCCGUUGGCACUCCAUAGCACCCCGCGUCCCUUGUCCUGUGGCCAUCCCCUUCCUUUCAGGUUCCAGUGCUCUCCUUUCCCUUCUCCUCUUCAAAACCUGUUUCUGGGGAUGGAUCUCAAGUGAGCA